AAUUCUUCCCAAGUCGCCGUCGAUGACGUCCACAUCCCUGGAGGUAAUUGCCUUAAUUGGUGGCCGGAAUUCUCUCAUGGAGGAUUUAUUGACGAGCAUAUGGGGCUGUUUGCUUAGGUUUUCCGUCGUCGAAAUUCUGUGCUGGAAUACGAACAGCACUUUAAUGACCAUCUUCCGUCCUUUCAGAUCCCACCAUAUAUACACCUUUCCUAUCUGUUCCGCAUAUGAAUUUGAAAAGAGGACAGACACGUAGUACAGAAAGUGGCACGAAUGACUCCAAAAGUGUUGGUCAGUUCGUCGCGAGCUUGUGAGUCGUUCUAAAGUCCCUUAAACAGCACCACCGGAUAACCGAUUUCGAUAGUGAAAGAGAGAUUACUGUGAUAAUUUAAUUAUUGCAAUACAGGGGGACGAACUGCGUUCACAGCUGGAAAACGAUUGUACAAGCUUGAUAAAAAAAGUUUCACUUAGGUGCUCCACAAGUACAUUGUCAUUCAUCAAAAAAUAAACAAAAUUGGACAUAAUAACACAUACAUUGGAUUUUCAUGGCGGAAAAUAAUUCACCAAAUUUAACGUCAGUCGGCUGGCCAAAUUCCAAGGAUGACUACGUCUUGGCCGAAGUUAUUGGUGUGGGAGCCACAGCGGUUGUGCAUUCUGCCUUUUGCAAGGCCCGCAAUGAGAAAUGUGCCAUCAAGCGAAUCAAUCUAGAAAAAUGGAAUACAAGCAUGGAAGAACUCCUAAAAGAAAUUCAGGCUAUGUCUUCCUGCCAUCACGAAAAUGUUGUUACAUAUUUUACAUCAUUUGUUGUUGGUGAAGAACUAUGGCUUAUCCUCAGACUUCUUUCUGGAGGUUCACUUCUUGAUAUAAUUAAACAUCGAAUGAAGGCAACUGAUUGCCGUCACGGUGUUUUUGAUGAAGCAACCAUUGCCACAGUACUAAGAGAAGUUCUCAAAGGACUCGAAUACUUCCAUAAUAAUGGCCAGAUCCAUAGGGAUAUUAAAGCUGGAAACAUACUGUUAGGGGAGGAUGGUACAAUUCAAAUCGCUGAUUUUGGAGUCUCGUCUUGGCUAGCGACAGGUGGAGACUUGAGCCGACAAAAGUCGAGGCAUACUUUUGUUGGUACACCUUGCUGGAUGGCACCAGAAGUCAUGGAGCAAGUGACUGGUUACGACUUUAAAGCAGACAUCUGGUCUUUAGGGAUCACCGCCAUCGAAUUAGCUACGGGCACUGCACCUUAUCAUCGCUAUCCUCCGAUGAAGGUUUUAUUACUUACUUUGCAAAAUGAUCCUCCUUGCCUAGAAACUGGUACAGAAGAGCGUGACCAGUACCGAGCUUAUGGCAAGAGUUUCAGGAAACUCAUAGUCGAUUGCCUUCAAAAAGAUCCUACUAAACGGCCAACUGCCACCGAGUUGCUCAAACAUCCUUUCUUGAAGAAGGCAAAGGAUAGAAGGUACCUGGUACAAACUUUGAUUGCCCAAGCUCCUUCUUUAGAGGCUCGUUCUCAGAAAAGUCGCAGUUACCGAAAGGCCCCUGGAGCAUCCGGCAGAUUGCACCGAACUGAAGCGGGAGACUGGAUAUGGUCUUCGGACUCGGAAGAUGAAGCGCACUCAAAUGAUGAAUCUGACGACGAGCCUCCGUCAGAAAAACCUCCAAAUCCUCUUAUUCAAAAGGAGCUGGCCCAACAACAGCAAAGUGAUUCUAGAGCUUCCGAUACGCAUUUAUCUGGCAGUAGCACAAGCAGCUGCACAAGUGCAAUUAGUGAACAUGAGGAUGUUGGAAUUGUUCAGCAGCCUUUACCAACUGUACCGUCUCCCGCCCCCGAGGCGUUGACGACGCAAUCUCAGGCGGCUCCGGUCGGUGAACUCGACCCCAUCAAUUUAGUCUUAAGAAUGAGGAACGUGAAACGAGAACUUAAUGACAUCAGAUUUGAAUUUUCUGUUGGACGCGAUUCGGCCGAUGGGAUUGCAUCAGAGCUCGUUGCUGCAGGACUUGUAGAUGGCAGAGACUUGGUCGUCAUCGCUGCUAACCUGCAAAAGAUCCUUGAUGGGCUUCCAAUUACGACUAGUGUAACAUUUGGAUUGAGUUCAGGAUGUGUUGGUAAUGAAGUACCAGAUGAUAGAACCUUGGUUGGAUUCGCCCAGCUUUCCAUUGCUGAAUAAAUCAGUCCCUUUUUUGCCUACUACUGCCGAUUUUGAGUGCUUAUUACUUUUUUUAUUUAACAAACCCCCCAAGAGUAGUCAUAUAUUUGGUCUUUUGGGAGACUGCUGGUGGAAGGAAUUAGGUUAAAGGCCUUUGUCUCUUUGCCGUUUUGCAUCCUAUAACAUGCCGUCUGACUUUUGUGCAACAAUAGCUUGUAUAUGAUGAUCCAUUUUAAUGACAUUACGACGUUGAUUUGCCACCCAAUCCCUUAUUUUUCGUGCACUGCUUUUUUGUUGUUCAUUUCAACGAAUUGCCAGUUUGUUUAGAUCAAACCACGAAGAGGCGCUUCAACUUCAGCAACUGCUACUGCGCACGCAUUCACGCAAUAUCCGACUAGCCCGUGACCUGACACAAUGAGGCGUGCAACUGCAUCGAACUUAUCUGAAGACGUGUAAUUUCAAUGCAUUCAAUACAAAGGCUAGUACACCGAA